AUGACAUUUGACAGUAGCGAGACGGAUAUUCUUGCUUCAGGAGUACGGUAUCCUGUGUUGCUUGCUGUUGCUGUCGUCAUCAUCACCAGCUUUCUCUACAAUGCAAUCGCCGGGUUUCUCGGCCCCCGAGCCUGGAGCGGCUUCCCCGUGGUUGGCAGAGAGCCGGGAGAGUGGACGAACAAGCCCGCGCAGCAGCGCUGGUACACACAGAGCAAGCAACUGUUGAGACAGGGGCUGGACAAGUUCAGCGGCCCUUUCCAACUGUUCAACCCCUCGGGCGCCAUUCUGGUCAUUCCUCCAAAGUAUGCCGAUGAGAUCCGCAACGACGAGCGGCUCAGUUUCAAUGCGUUCAUGGAGAAGACUUUCUUCGUGGGCUACUCAGAGUUCUCGGCUUUCCACGCCGUGACCCAAGGCGAAAUCAUGCAGGAGACGGUCCGCACGAAGUUGACGCAAGCCUUGGGCCACAUAACCGCCGACCUCUCCAAGGAAAUGGCCCUCAUCUGCGCCGACCUCCUCCCCGCCACGGCGGCCAGCUCCUCGGACGACGGCCAGAAAUGGAGCAAAACCACCUUCGCCGCGCUGGCGACGGAAAUCGCGGCGCGCAUGUCGGCCAAAGUCUUCCUCGGCGAGCCCCUCUGCCGCAACCGCGCCCUCGUCGACAUCUCCAUCGCCUUCACCCACGACGCCUUCAAGGCCAAGAUGGCGCUCGACCGCGUGCCCGCGCCGCUGCGCCCGCUUGCGCGCUACUGGCUGCCCGAGAUGGCGCGCGUGCGCGCGAUCCAGAAGACGAUGGGGCAGCUGAUCGAGCCCGAGCUGCGGGCGCGGCGGGCGCGCAGGGCGCAGCUCGAGGCCGCGGGCGAGCCGGCGCCCAAGCCGGCCGACUCGCUCGAGUGGAUGGACGCGGUGGCGCGGGGCCGGCCGUGGGACUUUGCGGCGGCGCAGCUGCUGCUCAACUUCAACGCCAUCCACACGACGUCGCUGACGCUGACCCACCUCAUGUUCGACCUGGUCGCGCACCCGGCCUGCGUCGAGCAGCUGCGCCGCGAGAUAGCCGACGUCUUGCGCGAAGACCAGGGCUGGAAGAAGACGAGCCUGUACAAGAUGAAGCUGCUGGACAGCUGCAUGAAGGAGAGCCAGCGGAUCAACGUCCAGAGUCCCCUCUUCAUGAACCGCGUCGCCCUCGCGCCCGUCACCCUCUCCGACGGCACCACCAUCCCCGCCGGCGCCACCACCGCCGUGCCCACGCUGCACAUGCAGUCGGCCGAGCGCUGGGGCCCGACCGCGGGCGCCUUCGACGGCGCGCGCUUCCUGCGCCUGCGCGCGCAGCCCGGCUGCGAGAACCGCCACCAGUUCGUCACCACCAGCGCCGAGCACCUCGGCUUCGGCCACGGCCGGCACGCCUGCCCCGGCCGCUUCUUCGCCUCAAACGAGAUCAAGGUCGCCGUCGCCCACCUGCUGCUCAAGUACGACUGGCGCUUCGAGGGCGGCCGCGCCGACCGGCCGCGCACCGUCGACGACGGGAGCGGCCAGAAUCUGCCCGACGCGAAGGCCGCCGUCGAGUAUAGGCCGAGGGUGGCUGAGAUUGACGUCGAUGCGCUUUGA